AUGGUUUUAUUAUCUAAAAUAAAGCUACUGACAUUUGAUGCAACAAACACGCUGUUAAAAUUCUGUGUAUCGCCAUGGAAAUACUACGCAGAAGUUGCUGAGAAACAUGGUUAUCAUGUUAAAGAAGAACAAAUAAAAAAACAAUUUUUAGGCACAUAUAAAAUACUAAGUAAGACACACCCGAACUUUGGCAGAGAAUCUAUACUAUGGGAAAACUGGUGGAGAAAAAUAGUUGAAGGUACUUUUAAGGACAGCAUUGAUGAUAAGGAUAAAGUCAAGAGUAUCUCAAAUAUUCUUAUUGAGGACUACAAGACACCUAAAUGUUGGUGUGCAGCCGAUGGAGCAUUAGACCUACUAACUCAUAUAAGAAAUCAAGGCAUAGAGCUGGGUGUUAUAUCCAAUUUUGAUCCAAGACUUCAUGAAGUAUUGCACCAAUUAAACCUCACCACAUAUUUCAAAUUUGUAUUGACAUCAUACGAGGUAGGGUAUAACAAACCGGAUAAAGCUAUCUUUCAACUGGCCAAAAUGCAAACAAAAUUCAAUAUUUCAUCAGAAGAAUGCCUCCAUAUUGGAGAUGAUUAUGAAAAAGAUUUUGAGGGGGCAAAAGGAGCAGGUUGGGAAGCUAUUCUCGUAACCGAAGAUUGGCAAGAGCACUGGGAUAUAAAACCCAAACAGUGUUAUAGAAACCUUAGUGAAUUAAAAAAGGAAUUAGCAGAAUAUCACUAG